CUCUAAUGUUCCACAUUAUUGGUUAAUCCUACUUAAAUACUGCAACGUGGAAAUGUUGUCAACAUUUAACAUUCAGAAAGUCCUUAUUUCUAUAUCUACUAAACCAUUAGAUCACGAUAUAUAUACAAAGUUCCAUUCUCCUGGCGGUCCAGAGAUGAGCAGGGAGAUUGCCAAUGUUUUUUUCAUCUAUGUGAAGUUAGCACUGUCAUGUAUUUUUUGAAUUUUUUCUUUUGCUAAAAUAUUGUUGGUAUUUUGUUGGUUUUUGUUGGAACAAAUAGAAAACUUGUUGGUUGCUCAUUUUUUUUUUGGAAAAUCACUUUGUGAAAUAUGCAGAAAGUGUAGGUAACAAGACAAACCUAAUCAGCAACUAACCAGUGACUAUCAAACAUCACUGGCCACGACUGUAAUUGACUGACUAUCACUGAUUGUGAGUGAAUAAUGCGACUACAGAGAUGGUUUUACUCAGUCUAUGACCAAGACAUCAUCACCAAAUAGCAUUCCCUGCUAGUGAAUUAACAAUGCGGUUCCAUCAUGCUGCAAGAGAGAGAGAGAAAUUCUGAAAGCACAAUGGAAGAAAGUGAAAAUCGGACAUUACCAGGACAUGAUGUGCAAAGUGAAGCAGCUGACUCAAGAGCAGGACAUAUCGAAAGUGUACAAGAAGGAGCAUCAUCGAUUAUUGGACAAAGUAUUCCUGGGCCAUGUCAGCAAGAUCUAUUUGCAGCUCAUGGAUCCGUUCAGGGAGAAAGUAGCGAUGCUAUUAGCGUUCAUACUGUCAGUACGUCGGUGUCUGGUAAUGAAUCAAGUUCAAGUAGAGUGAGUGUAGCUACAGUAGUAUUGCCUUGGGGUGCUCAAAAGGAGACUGUUAAAAGUCAACAGGUAGGGGACAUGGAUUUGAGGCCUGGUGAAUUCGUUAUGCGAACAUUAUUUGGGGAUUUUACGAUGCAAGCGGAAAAAAAAAUGGAGGCUGUUAUGACGGAACACGAAAAGCCUCUCUCCAAAGUGUUGCAACGAGGGGAGGAUGCUCAAUUUGACCAACUUCUUUCUGCAUUUGGGUCUGUAGCAGAGCAUUGUUUGCCUUCGAUUCUAAGAGCGCUCUUCAAUUGGUACGAGCGACAGCUGGUCGAUCAUGGGACGGAUCAGAAAAAAACAAUCCCAGGCAAGGAAGAUCAAAAGGGAAAGAGUAUUAUGUAUACAAUUGUAUCUGGGAGCGUGGAAACUGUGGAACGAAGCGAAGCAGAUUUACUACAGGAACGACGAGACCUUGCGGUUGAGUUCAUAUUCUGUCUGAUGUUAAUUGAAGUUCUGCGUCAAUUGCCCUUCCACCCAGGACACGAGGAUCUCUUAGUUUAUAUUGAGAACAUCGCAUUUAGGCAUUUUAAAUACAGAGAAGGAAUACAAAACGAACCGAAUGCCGGGAACAUUCAUAUUAUUGCAGACUUGUAUGCUGAAGUGAUAGGAGUUCUCGCACAGUCUCGAUUUAUGUCGGUAAGAAAAAGAUUUAUGGUCGAGUUAAAGGAACUACGUGCCAGAGAGCCUGGGCCGCAUACUACGCAAAGCAUAAUUUCUUUGUUAAUGGGUAUGAAGUUUUUCAGGGUGAAGAUGGUUCCAAUAGAAGAAUUCGAGGCAUCCUUUCAAUUUAUGCAAGAAUGUGCUCAAUAUUUUCUAGAAGUCAAAGACAAGGAUGUCAAACACGCAUUGGCAGGUCUCUUUGUUGAAAUUCUCGUUCCAGUGGCUGCGGCUGUGAAGAACGAAGUAAAUGUUCCAUGUUUGAAGAACUUCGUCGAAAUGUUGUACUCGACGACAUUGGACAUGUGCACAAAGUCAAAACAUCGACUGGCACUUUUCCCAUUGGUGACAUGUCUCCUCUGUGUCAGCCAGAAGACAUUCUUCCUUCAAAGUUGGCACUACUUUCUGGCUAUGUGUCUAUCCCACUUGAAAAAUCGGGAUCCUAAGAUGUGUCGCGUCGCAUUGGAGGCUCUCUAUCGUUUACUUUGGGUCUACAUGAUUCGUAUUAAAUGCGAAAGCAAUUCCGCUACGCAGAGUAGAUUGCAAAGUAUAGUCAACUCUCUCUUCCCAAAAGGCUCAAAGGCCGUUGUACCUCGAGAUACUCCUCUCAAUAUCUUCGUAAAGAUUAUUCAGUUCAUUGCUCAAGAAAGAUUAGAUUUUGCAAUGCGAGAGAUCGUCUUUGACUUGCUCUCGGUUGGUCGGCCGGUCAAAAUAAUUCUGACGCCUGAGAGAAUGAGCAUUGGACUACGUGCCUUCUUAGUGGUCGCGGACAGUCUGCAGCAAAAAGAAGGCGAACCGCCAAUGCCACGCACGAUGGGCGUACUACCUAGUGGAAAUACUGUCCGCGUCAAAAAGACUUUUUUGAAUAAGAUGCUUACUGAGGACACAGCCAGGAGUAUAGGCAUGUCCUCGUACUUUCCGCAUGUGCGUCGUGUAUUCGUAGAUAUUUUGCGGGCUCUCGACGUUCAUUAUGGACGGCCUUUAAUGAUGACGAGUACUCAGAACAUGAACAAAGAACCAGACGAGAUGAUUACUGGUGAGCGCAAACCGAGGAUAGAUUUGUUCCGUACUUGCGUGGCUGCUGUACCACGUCUCAUUCCUGACGGGAUGACUGGGGCAGAGUUGGUCGACAUGCUCUCGCGUCUUACUGUUCAUAUGGAUGAGGAACUACGUGGCCUGGCUUAUCAGAGUCUUCAGACACUUGUUCUCGAUUUCCCGGAUUGGCGGCAAGAUGUCGUCUUUGGAUUCACUCAGUUUCUUGCAAGGGACGUCCAAGACACUUUUCCACAGUUGGUUGACAACGGAUUACGAAUGUUGCUUCAAUUGCUAACCAGUUGGAAGAACGCGCUAUCGAGCCCUGGAUCUUCGGUACGAUCUAAGGACCAAACCAUAGAUAAUGUACGGAGUAACAUUCGCCCCUCCGAUGUCACUGGAAAAAAGACAUCUGAAUCCUCUCAGAAAACCGAGCCAGUAUCGACUGUUUUUCAUCUUGUCGAGGGCUUCGCAUUGGUGAUGCUGUGCAACUGUAGAUUGUAUCCCCGUCGGUUAGCUGUUCAUAUCUUACGGGAGAUUAAACUUCUCCUGAAGAUGCUGGGUGCUCUCGAAGAUGAUCAACCAGUGAUCGACGUGAUGGACGCUUGCUGCCCACUUGUACUCGAGAAAUGCUAUCACAUGUUACCACCAGCGGAAAAAGCGGCAGCGACGUCGACGUCAAAUGUCGACCUACAAUGGAUAGCCGAGAGAAGUAGCUGUGUUUGGACCGCAGGCUUUCACGAUGAAAAUAGUACAAAAAGUACUUCAUCGUUGAAUUUAAAUGGAGCAGAUCCUUGGAGCAGCUGCUUAUUCGGCUUCCUUGAGAAGGAUCGAGUUUUAACUCUAUGUCCCAGCGCCGUGGCUCAUUCUUGGCCGAUAGUCUUCACUAGAAUAAACUCCCUUUUUGCCGUUAUCGAUCCCACGCCAGUCAAUGAUAACAGAGCCUCGCUCUUACGCAGUUCGAACACUGUACGAAAACCAGUAAAUGAGAGAGACGUCUACAUGCAUGUCUGGAAGAACUACUUGACCUUCGGGUAUCGCGUUGUACCGCCGAUUCCAAGUCCGGUUGUACGUUGCGCCAGCCCAGAUCUUAGCCUCAGUGGUCAGCAUACGGUGGAGUUUGGUGUGUUGUGCAUGAGUAAGGAGUUGAGUCAGAGCCUGGAGAACCUCGGCGGGGCGCAGACCCUGCCGGGCCGCUUUUCCGUACCAUCGAUUUCCGGCAUCUACACCAGGCAUAAGCGGACCAGCUCCUCGCCGGAUAGCCUCUCUGCUGAGCGAGGCGACAACAAAUCACCUGGUUCUAGCGCGAAUCCGGCUGCCCUGUAUAAAUUGACGGUGCCACUACUUAGAUGCGAGGCGGUCGACGUGCGGGAUGCUGCCGUCCAAGCUAUUGGAAAAGUCAAUGCGGAGGCUUUGAAGGACUUAAUGGAAGAGCUAGUCCCCUACAUUCGCGAAGCUGUAGAUAGGAAGCAAGAGAAUAUGAGAAGGAGGCGACGCCGAGAUGCUCUGAGAUUGCAGCUGGUGCGAGUCCUCGAGCUGAUUGCUGAAUAUGGCACAUUUGGAAUCUGCCCAGCAGUUCUGGAUCGAGAGACUCAGUCGUUACAUCCUACUUUUAUCGAAUACAUCGACGGUGCCCGACUUUACCUUGAAAAUGAAACUGACAAAGAAGCACCAGCAAUUAGAGAUAUUAAGUUGCACUUUUGCAAUUUCAUUCGAAAGAUGAUAAAGAGCUUUUCUCUGGAAACUUGCUAUGCGCUCCUUAAGAGAGAAUUACGUCGCAAUUUGUUUACACUCUUUGCAAGCUGGGCAGGUCCUUACGGACGCCCUCUCACGUCUACGGCGUUUACCAACGAGGAGGAGCGAUUUUUUUCUGACUUGCAACUGUUUGCGCUGCAGGCGAUGAGCGGGCUGCUGUGUUGCGGUCCAUGUUUUAAUCCCCAAUCGUUGUCUGAAGAGGGAGCGAUACUUUAUCAAUGGCUCGAUCUCCUCUUAGCAAGUAAGGAUGAGAAGAUUUACGCCCUCGGCCGUGAGACCGUAGUCUUACUGCUUGAGUGUAAUCCCGACAUCGGUGCUCUGCUUGAUUGGGUUGUCGAUCGUUGUUAUACUGGUGCUCCACAAGUAGCCGACGGAUGUUUCUUAGCCCUGGCGACAAUUUUCAGUGCAAGAGAGUAUCCUUGUGAUCAUUACACCAGUGUCAUUAACGUCACGUUGAUGAGCACAGGAUGUCCGCGCGCUUUGGUUCACGAUGCGGCCCUUCAGCUUCUACAACUACUGGACCAAAGAUUCUUUGGCAAUGUCGGACCGCUGCCUACUGUCGAUUCCGAGACUGGAUGUUCGGAUGAACACGUCACCGGGCCUGCAACCGAACAAAAUGCUGGAGUUGGAGCAACCGCCGUCGGUAACGGUGUCGUUAGGUCUGGCACACUCGAUGCCAUCCUCUCUACCACCUACUGCCGCAGCCAAAUGUAUCUUUCUCGGCAGCUGGCCCACUUGCAUCCCGAACUCACCAUGCCGAUGUUUAGCGAAAUCACUCACAGAUUCCAAACUGCUCGCCGCGAGGUUCGCCAGCUACUUCUUCAAUAUUUAUUACCGUGGUUGCAUAACAUGGAACUGGUAGACUUAAAUGUACCACCUCCUUCGAAUCCUUUGAGCUAUUACCAGUAUUAUGCAAGUGAUGUAAAUCGUGGUAUUGGUGGAGUUGCCGGGAACUCGGGAAUCGGCGGAAUUGGCUCCGGAGGCCGAAGAGAAGGCUGGGGUAGCGCUGAAGCCACCGAAAUGGUCCUCAAUAAUUUGUUCUACAUUACAGCAAAGUUUGCCGAUGAACAUCCCAAAGAGACAGAGGAACUCUGGGGUACACUUUGUGGAUGUUGGCCCAACAAUCUUAAAGUAAUAAUCCGCUACCUGAUAAUCGUAUCCGGAAUGGCGCCCCAAGAAUUAUUACCAUACGCUAAGCGUGUAGUGCUGUAUCUGGCUCGAGCACGUCCGGAACGUCUCGUCGACGAAAUGAUGACGGAGCUCCAAACAGUCGAAACUCUAAAUUGCCUGAUAGAACGCACGGAGACGCCACCAUUUUACAGACUGACCAGCAUGAGAAAAGCAUCCUCACAUAGCGAUGCGCCUGCAGCCGAUCCGACUAAUCCGCCUCGAGAUUUGGCUGUCGAAAAGGGCACGAUACACACGAAGCGACACUCUGGGGAGGAUCCUGUGAAGACUGGCGCUUCGAAGUCAGAUACGGCCCUACGUGCACUUGCUGGUUUCUCGACUCCGCGAACAGAUAAAUCACGCAGUGGCAGUACGAUUGCUGGCGGUGUUCAAGCAUCGCUACUACCUGACGACCUCUCAAUGACCACGAGUGAACCAGAGUUGAUCGUCGAAGAAACAUGUUAUAUUGUACGAAAUGGAGCUACACUAUCUGCCGAAAGCCGUAUUCCUGGGAAGGCUGGCUUCAGUGUUGAAAAGUUUGACAUCCCUCAGCCACAUCCACUUCCGAUGCCAGAGUAUGGCGGCUACUUUGCGCCGCUCACGGAAUACUUGCCAGAUAGUUCACAACCUAUAAGUGGCUUCCAUAGAUGCAACAUUGCAGUAAUGCUGCUAACGGACGUAGUUGUAGAUGGUGUGCAGCUCGAUUGGUCGAUUCACGUGCCGCUCAUGCUGCAUAUCGUCUUUCUUGGACUAGACCAUUCGAGGCCGCUCGUUCGCGAGCACUGCCGCUGUCUCCUACUAAAUUUGCUGGUAGUUCUCGGUGAUCAUCGCGAUCAUCUUGGCGUUGCCAGGGUCCUCUUGGCUUCUCGCACUGAACAAUUGGGCCUUGGUCUGACGACUCCAGCACUGCCCGUUCUGAAACACAACUUCACUGAACUUGAUCCGGAAUUCGACAGCUACUUAUAUGGACCAACAGUUGUCCAGCCGCCCCUUUCUCAUCAUACAACUUCACCUCCUCCAGCAACCCCACUUCCAGGCACUUUUAUCUCGUCAGCGAUUUCAUCGUCUAUACCAGCUGCGACCACUUCUACUCUUUCGGCUACAAUAGCAUCAGCCUCAUCGUCUUCAUCAUCAUCCUCCUGCGCAUCCUCCUCCUAUGCAGCAUCGGCGUCAGCUGUAGUGCCAGUAGCUGCAACAGUUACAAACCCGGCCCCAAUCCCGACUACACUUUACUCCUACUCCUCUUCAUCGAACUCCUCCGUAUGUGGCAGUCCUGCGUCUAGUGUGCCUUCUUCGCCGCCGGCGCCUCCGCCGCUUCCUCCUUCACCUACACUACCGUCUUUGCCACAAUUUUCAUCAGCCUCAUCACUCACCUCGUCACCUGCGCCGCCACCUCCGCCUCCACUUCCUCCACCACCACCGCCACCACCGCCAUUACUCUUGCAAAAUGAUACAGCAUUGACAUCCGGUAUCAUGAUUAACAGCAACACCGCUACCAAUACUAGCAGUGUUUUUACUAACGUCAGUUCAGCUGGCACCUCUAUCUUUAUGCCAAACCCGGCAGUCUGUAUCAGUACGAGCAACAACAACGUUGGCGCGGACUUUGAAAACAACGUCGAUACUGUCUUUAACAUCGGCACAACUGCUGUUGUCGGCCUCUCUGUAGCAACCUCUGCAACGACUUCCAUCGCCAAUCAAUCUACAAAUGCUUCAACAAUUACCCUUACAAAUGCUUCGUCCGCACAUUUUGUGACAACAACGUCACCAUCGACUUCGUUGUCAUCGUCGGCAGCCGCUGUGGCAGUUUCGGCAACAACUAUGGCGACUGCACCAAUCACAUCUAUCUCUUUCGUUAAUCAACAGCAGCAGCAACAAUUGUUACAAAGCGGAGAGUAUAAUUAUAGAGAUGGAUGUAGUGAGUUCAAUGUUCACGGCAAGAGAGACUCGGCCACAGGCUCCAGCGGUGAUUGGAACGCGACGUCUUCAACAUCAUCAUUAAGUGCCAUGGCACCGCCAGUGAUAGUGACACCAGAAGUUGAUGGGACAAAUUGGACGUAUCCUCAACCAGGACCGAGCAUGUCAAUUCAGGACGUGAUAAAAUCCUUGAUAAACUUUUUGGCUUCAAGGGCUAAUCAACCAUUAUGGAAUUACGAAGACAUGACGGCUAAAGUUUGGUGGGUGCGCAGCGCAGAACAACUUACGGUGCUGUUGCGCCAUGUGUUGCGCGUCUUCAGGGACUCACUGCCACACGCUUUAGUGAGUCAGCGAUGGGCCCAAACGGCACUUCAACUAGGCCUCUCUUGUUCGUCGCGGCACUACGCCGGUAGAUCUCUUCAAGUUUUUCGUGCACUUCGUGUACCAAUCACCUCGAGAAUGCUGUCGGAUAUUCUCUCGAGGCUAGUGGAGACUGUUGCUGAGCAGGGAGAAGACAUGCAGGGAUAUGUAACCGAACUGCUGUUGACACUCGAAGCAGCUGUGGACUCGCUGGAAUCGGACUUUCGGCCGCUUGACUUCAUGAAAGAGAUCUUUAAAUCCACUCCGAAUCUAAACAACAAGGAUCCCGUAUCGGGAAUCAUCGUAGGCGGCAAACGCAGUCCUGGUGGUGGUAAUGUUUAUCCCGGUAGUCCACAUCUAUUCUCUCAUAUGAAUCAAACGGGUCACACGCGAAGUACCAGCUAUUCCGUGAGUUACUGUACCAAAAAAGCUGGUGUUGUCGGCGUCGGGGGUGUUCCCGGUGGUGUAAACGGAAACAGUGCUACAUCUGGAGGUGUUAAUGGUAGUGGGGCUAAUGGCAGUGGUGGAGUCAGUUGCAUCUCUGCGUCAUCGAUAUCAGACUCUAAGGAACUAGAUGGCAGAUCUGUAUGUAACAAAUAUCCAAGUUCGAAUCUCGCGAGAUCGAGAUCGGCUCAAUCGCUGAAGCUUCUCGGUGAUUCUGCAAGCCAGGACGACAAGAUGACAAUUCUGGCUCAACUCUUCUGGCUCUCAGUGUCGCUGCUAGAGUCAGAUUAUGAACACGAGUUCCUUUUGGCACUGAGGCUGCUGAGCCGCGUCCUUCACAGGCUGCCGCUUGAUCGACCCGACGCUAGAGACAAGGUCGAGAAAUUGCAACAGCAACUCAGAUGGAACUCUUUUCCUGGUGUUCAUGCCCUGCUACUCAAAGGAUGCACGAGCCCGAAUACUUACGAGCCUGUAGUCACGCUUCUGGCGCAAUUUACGCCUUUACUGGACUUGCCUGUUGUCGAUCCAACACAGAGUCUAGCGUUUCCCAUGAAUGUCGUCUCUUUACUGCCCUACAUGCUGCUUAAUUACGAAGACGCCAACGAGUUGUGCAUACGAAGUGCUGAAAAUAUUGCUCAGGUGAGCGCCGAAAAGGGGAAAAAAUUAGAAAAUUUAGGAACGGUGAUGACCCUCUACAGUCGACGCACCUUCAGCAAGGAAAGCUUUCAGUGGACGAAGUGUGUAGUUAAAUAUCUUUACGAUACAUAUGCUCACCUGAGUUUUAACAUGCUGGCAUUCCUCGUGGAGGUUCUUGAAAAGGGACCAACGAGCGUGGCCCUGCCAGUCCUCAGUAUUAUACAUUGCAUGUUGCACUACGUGGACUUGGCGUCACCGAGCGCUCAGCCAGUCAAUACGGAACUUCUGAGAGUGAUUUCGAAAUAUGUCGAAGGAUCCCACUGGAAAGAAGCAUUGAAGAUCUUGAAACUCGUGGUUACGCGAUCCUCGAGUCUUGUGGCUCCCCCGACUUCAGUUCACGGCUCUUCCUGGGAUUCCUCACUUGCUUCGCCUCAUCCAAGUUUCGCCGACAACGAAAUAUUCACAAAGAAGGAAUUACCCGGACGGACCAUGGAUUUUACGUUUGACCUGUCGCAAACACCGGUGAUUGGUCGACGGUGGUUAAUUCGCCCGAGUGGCGAAGACAGAUCGCAGCUUGGCUCACCGCGACGUUCCAUCUCGCUUUCACCAGCUGAUAGCAAUGCCAUUGCUGGCUGGAAGAGACCCUGGAUGUCCCAGGGUCGCGUGCGAGAGUGCCUGGUCAAUCUGUUGACCACCUGCGGACAGCGGGUUGGCUUGCCGAAGAGUCCGUCUGUAAUAUUUAGUCAAAGUUCCGACUUGAUGGAGCGACAAUCAUCAAUGGCUUCGUCAACUGAGGAGAUGUCCGGCGCAAACAAUGACCUAAGCGGAGGCUCAAGGCGCGACGACGAGCAGUUUGGUGUCUUCAAGGACUUUGACUUCCUUGAAUACGAAAGCGAGAGCGUCGAGGGUGAAAGCACGGACAACUUUAAUUGGGGUGUAAGACGACGUCCAUUAAGUGAGGGCGAGGAAAGAGAACCGAGUCUACGCCAAUUCGAAGAGAGUCUCAGCGAGAGGACACCAUCUUCUUCUGGCAAACACCCGAGUACCAGGCGAGGCGUCGCCGAGGAGUCAUCCGACGACGAAGUUGGUUCGGAAUCGCCUCUGGAUGAAGUACCGCCAGGAAGCAGCGGUUCAACUGGUGGCCCGGAGACAACCGGUAUUCUACCAGGAAUGUUUCCACCUUCCUCGCUAUCCUUAAUUCCAGGACGAACGCGCCACGACUCCUCCACACGGUCAGACACUUCCGGUUCGAGUGCUGGUGAUCUUGGUGACGUAACGCCAUGCAACGCCUCGCCCAAUUUAUCGGGCCUGAUGCCCUUCCGACACGCGGUGCGAGACGACACUGAGGAAAUUUGGAGACAGCAAAUACAAGCCUUAAUCACACAAGCUCCUUAUAACACUCUUGACUUUUUUCAAUUACUUGGACGAAUCUUACGGGACGCAAGUAACAAAUCGGUAAGUUUGACGCGUGAUGCGAGCGCCCUGCUGAGGGCUGGGGGAGCUGCCUCCGUUCUUCUCGGGUCCCACCUGUCGGGGCACGCGGAACUCCUUGGGUCGAAGGCAGAGCCUCCUCUGGUUUGGUUCUCCGCGACCGUUUUUGCCAGCCAGAGACUUCAUGAAUCUUUACGCUUUGGUAUGCUAGAGAUUCAAGAACAUCUUGAAACGUUUCUUGAUAGAAAGGAUCAUGCUAGUGAGUGCCUAGAGGUUGUGAAGACAACCAGCAAAUUGCAGACAUUGGAUGAAAGUCAACCGAGCGAAACAGCGCUGGAGGAGAUGCUCCUGGACCUCGGGAGAGCUCUUUAUAAGCUUCAUUUUCAGCUCUUAUUGUUGAUCGAAGCAUCGAAUAAGAUGCUCGGUGCACUGACAAAUGCUGCUCGAAAUCUGCAGAGCCCUUUACAGGAUGCUUCGAACGAAGUAGCCUGUAUGAGAAUCGCUCUCAGUAGAGCCCUCGAAGAGAGCACCGAAAGCGAACGUGGCACUCCGACACCAACUCUGAGUCCGAGUCCACUACCUGGGGCGGCUGCCGGGGCUCUAGAAGAUGUGGCCAGAGUCGCGGAACUCCUACGAUCAGCCAGAUGGUCGUCAGCUCUCGAAGCUGUUAGACUUCACAGAGCGCAGUGGCCAGCCGACCCCUUUCAUGACGAAGAUGAUGUCGUCACAACCGCUGUAAACAUGUAUUGCAGGCAUCUCGGUCAAGACAGAUCAGACCUCUUUGUAGUUACACGGAGUGACCGAGAGAUGUCAGAAGUGUUUGGUAAGCUCAUGGAAAGUCUCUUUCAAGUACUUGCCGGCGUUACAGGUUUGGAGGCUUCGACGAAAGCUACGAGAGCACAAUGCCUCGAACACUCGCAUGCUUCUAAAACAGACGUUUGAACUAUUUUACACAUUGCCCUCGGUCCACCCACAACUUGACAGAAACAUAGGGAUAAGUCCGCAGUACUGCUAUUAUAUAUUAAAAACUUUUAGGGCGAACGCCUCGUAAUCCAAGAGUUCUUGUUCCUUCUUGUACAUCCAGUGUGCAUACUACUUGGUGAUCGUCACGCUUAUCAUAAACGACUACAUGUGUAUAACUGAAAGGAAAUAAAGGAUGUCAUUUGAAAGCA